AUGGACCUCUCCAAUAUCUUCCGCAUAAUCAACCUGUGCGUCGGGGCCAUUAUGGUCUUUGGUGGAAUCAGCCAGUUCUUCCCCGUAAGCAUAGGCAGCGUUAUUAUUGGGGUUUAUGUGAUUCUAUUUGGUUUGGUCGUCGGCGCUCUGGAAUUCGCCCCAAACCCCCCCUCAUACCUCUCGCGCUAUGCAUCUUUUCUUUUCUCCUUCCUCGGACGGGGCCUGCUGUACGUGUUCAUCGGCUCCAUACUCAUCGAGGGACAUACCCUGCGCAUCAUUGCCGGCACCGCCGUCGGCUUCGCCGGUCUCGGAUACGCUGUCUUGGAAUUUGUGCCGUCGAUAGAAGCACCAUCCACCAUGCGCGAGGCGGAUGCCACAUGGGGAGCUGAGCAGGUUUAG